AUGAGCGGGAGGCUGCUGUCGUCGCGCUAUGCGACGCUUGCUCGACAUAGCUCUCCCCUGGCCCUGAGGUCGCCAUAUCACACAGCCCAACAACGCGCAGGCGGUCUAAUCACACGGAACUGCAUCCCUCGGAGUCGACCUAUAUCAUCUGGCGCCAACACGGCUGUAGUCCGACAUGCAUCCUUCGCCCGCGCCAUACCGAAGCUAGCGUUCAAGCUUGUCCGCCUGCCUGCCCUGCUAGGUGCCACCGCUGUCGGAAGCCUGGCAUACAUCCAAUAUCAAGCUGCUCAGGCGGGUAACUACGCGAUCGAUCUCUUCACCAAAGCUUCGGACGCAACCACAACCGGAGCCCGCUCUAUCUUCGAAGGCGCAGGCGGCAUCUUCGCCCAAACAAAGGCUGGCUGGGAGAAGACCAAGAAGGACUUGCAAGAGCUUUUCCCACAACAAGAAUCGUCUGGACCUGGAGGAGAUGGAGGUCCUGGCGGGAAUGGCCCGGAGCCCAAAGAGGCUCGUGUUGGGACUGCUGCUGCCGGUGCAGCCACAGCUGCUGCUUUCGCCCUCGACGCCGGCCAAGAAGACGACAGAUCCGAAGAGGUGGCUGCUCGCGAUGACCAGAUGAUGCUCCUGACACGCAAAAUGAUUGAGAUCCGGAGUCUGCUCCAGACUGUCGGCCAGUCCGAGACUCUCACACUGCCCUCGAUUGUUGUCGUCGGUUCGCAGUCGUCAGGAAAGAGUUCAGUGCUGGAAGCCAUUGUCGGACACGAGUUUCUUCCCAAAGGCUCCAACAUGGUCACUCGUCGCCCCAUCGAAUUGACUCUGGUGAACACUCCCGGAGCACAUGCCGAGUACGGCGAGUUCCCUGCUCUCGGCUUGGGCAAGGUCACCGACUUUGCUCAGAUUCAGAGGACUCUGACUGAUCUUAACCUGGCCGUGCCCGAAACGGAAUGCGUGUCAGAUGACCCCAUCCAGCUGCGCAUCUACUCGCCCAACGUCCCCGACCUUUCACUGAUCGACUUGCCCGGCUACAUCCAGGUGACUGGCUUCGACCAGCCCACUCAACUUAAGGAGAAGAUUGCUGCCCUGUGCGACAAGUACAUUCAAGCACCCAACGUCAUUCUGGCCAUCUCUGCCGCAGAUGUUGAUCUUGCCAACUCCACCGCUCUGCGUGCCAGCCGUCGCGUCGACCCUCGUGGUGAGCGCACCAUUGGUGUCAUAACCAAGAUGGACCUUGUAGACGCUGAGAGAGGCCAUGCUAUGCUGACUGAUAAGAACUAUCCUCUGCGACUCGGCUAUGUUGGUGUCGUCUGUCGCGUACCCCAGCACUCUAAUUCUCUCUUCUCCCGUGGUAAUGCAAACAUCACAUCUGCCAUUACCCGCAACGAAAAAGCAUACUUCUCUUCUCACCCCGAGAGCUUUGGUCCUUCCAGCGAGGUCACCGUCGGCACCACAAACCUCCGUAAGAAGCUCAUGCACGUCCUGGAAUCAACAAUGUCGGCAUCGCUUGCCACUACUGCCGAAGCCAUUCAUCAUGAGCUGACAGAAGCCACCUACGAAUUCAAAGUGCAGUACAACGAGCGUCCCCUCUCAGCCGAGUCGUAUUUGGCCGAGAGUCUCGACGCUUUCAAGCAUUCUUUCAAGGGCUUUUCAGACUCGUUCGGUCGCCACCAGUUGCGUGACAUCCUGAAACACGAACUCGAUCAGCAAGUUCUCAACUUACUCGCGUCGCGCUACUGGAACAGGCCUCUGGAAGAUCUCUCCGCCCAAGAAGGUGAGGGCUUCGUUGAGAUUCUUUCCGCUCUACCAAAAGCAGACCCCAACGAGCAACUUUGGCGUCUCAAACUUGACGCCAGCUCCGCUUCCCUCACCAAACUCGGUAUUGGACGUCUUGCCACGACUGUCGCCGCUGAAUGCCUGCAAGCACAUGUUGAACGGCUCAUCUCAUCAUCCACUUUUAACGCUCAUCCUUUCGCUCAGACGGCAAUCACACAAGCUGCUCAGGGAAUUUUACACGAUCUAGCUUACGAUACUAGCGAUGAGCUAGAAAUUUGUGUCAAGCCCUACAAACAUCGCAUCGAUCUUGAAGACUCGGAAUGGAUGCGCGGUCGCGAAAAUGUUCAAAAGGUCCUCAAGGACGAACUCAGAGACUGCGAAGACGCCGUCAAGACUGUCGAAGCGGAGAUGGGAGGCAAGAAGCGCUUCAAGGAUGUUGUGGCCUUCAUUGACAAGGUCAGAAAGGGUGAUAUCAACCUCGAAGGUAACAGCAGUGGAGGUGCUGGCGGCUUCUCAGCUGCUCUUCUCGCAAAGGGAAGGGAGGCGGUGUUCCUCCGCGAUCGCGCCGACAUCCUACGCAUGCGUUUACUAGCUGUGAAGAGCAAGGCUUGCGCUAACAAGAGCAACAAAUACAUCUGCCCCGAAAUCUUCCUCGACGCAGUGGCAGAUAAGCUUACCACUACCGCCGAUCUCUUCAUUGAUGCUGAAUUACUCAGCAAAUUCUAUUACCAGUUCCCUCGCGCUCUUGACUCAAAGUUCCGGUCCUUGACACCUCAACAACUCGACCAGUUCGCACGCGAGGAUCCAAAGGUCCGUCGUCAUCUGGAUGUUGUGCAUAGAAAAGAACUUUUGGAACACGUACUCAAGGAGAUGGAGGCUCUUAAGGCUCUGGAAGCCAGGGAGAAGAGGGCAGGCAGAGGAAGCAGAGAGCCCAUAUCUCGACUUGAUCGCGACCGUGUAGGAGAUGAUUCAAGCGACAGAAGGAAAAGAGGCUGGGGUCUGUUUUAG